AUGUCGGUAGAUAAAUAUUUUGAAAAAUGCCUAGAAUUCCUUCAAAAUAAUGCUUAUAUUGGUUGUUUGAUAUACUAAUCUGCUCAUUCGAUUUAGCUAUUAAAGGCCCAUCACAAUAUAGCAUAUAUCAGUAUCAGAUAUUCUCAUUUAUAUUCGGUAGAAUUAUUUUUUAAAAUAGGUUUAUGUUUAUAAACAAGGACUCAAUUUCUCAGAGAAUCUUAUGGGCCUCAUGAUGACGUUUACUUUAUAUAAAAUCAUAAGAAGACAAAAAAUGAGCAUCGAGUCAAUGUGCUGUUUAUUUCUAGUGGUUAUGGUGUAUUGGAUAUCUUUGAUUCCUUUAUUAUUUAAUUCUGUGGAGUUGGUAAUAAAAUGUAAUAUUGAAGUAAAAACAAGUUAAUUGUCAUUAAAUCCUGGUUGAAAUCAUUAAUGAAGGAGAUGGAAUAAGAGAUGAAAAGUUAAGAAGUGAUAUUCAGAGCAUGCUUUAGUAUGAGUAUUACCUAUCUAUGACUAAUGAUGAUGGAAAAAAGAGAGAGGAUAUUGAAAAAAUGAGAUAGUAUAUUGAAGAAUAUAAACUAUAGUUAUGUUUUGGGUAACAUAAAGAAAUAAUAUUAGAACCCCUAAAAAUGAUAAGACUCCUUCAGACUCUCCAGACUCUCCAGACUCUCCAGACUCUCUAGACUCUCCAGACUCUCCAGACUCUCCAGACUUAAGUAAAGAAGGUAAAUUCUUAGAAACACAGAUUUGAAAUUAAUACAUAGC